AUGGCGCGCGUGAAGAAACCGCAGAGCUCGUACCUGUUCUUUUGCCAUGAGAGGCGCCAGCAGGUGAUGAGCGAACACCCGGGCGCCCGCAUCGGCGACAUCCAGAAGAUCAUUAGCGUGCAGUGGAAGGCGCUCACGGCCGAGGAGAAGGAGGUCUUUGUGCGGAUGGCGGCCGACGACAAGGCACGGUAUCAGCAGGAGCUACAGGACAAGGCAGAGGGCCACGAGGAGCUUUCGGGAGACGAGAAGGACGUGGACGAGCGGUGCGUGUGCCUGUUCCCACUGGGAAGAGUGCGGAAGAUCGUGCAAAGCGACUCGGACGUGGGCAAGAUCUCGAAGGACGCACUUGUUGCGAUGGCAAAGGCAGCAGAACUGUUUGCUCAAUUUCUAGGCACCAAGAGCUACGAGCAGGCGCUGUACCGGAACAAGCGGCAGAUCAAAGCGUCGGAUGUGACGCGCACGAUUCAGACGACGGCGUCGCUGGAUUGGCUGCGUCUCGACUUCCCAGACGUGAAGCCCACGCAAGCCGAUGGCAGUGCUGGGAGCAAAAAGGCAAAGACGGAUCGGGAUGAGAGCAAGAAAGCGGUGCCUGACACUGCGUCGUUCUUCCAGCCGAGGGCUGUUGGGGCGACGAUCGGAGCAGCUGCAGCAUCCGCUGAGUAG